GAUACCUGGUGACUGUCCCAUCGCUGCCUGCCCUUCCUGUCUUGUCCUCCAUCCUCCUGGUUUCUCUCUCCUUCUCCUUCUCUGCCUUCCUCUCCCUCCAUCCUCCUGGUUCUCGUUCCUCCUCACUCUUCCCCCUCCCGCACCCCCCCCACCCAUUCCCCUGAUCCUCCUCCCCUUCCUUCGUGGCCCCUUCGCCUCCCUCCUCCUUUUCUCCGACCCGAUCUUCUUGAUCCUGGGCUAUCCCUUCCUCCACAAUUUAAUUUUGAAAAUCUCGUUACAUCGUUACGUCGUUACAUCAUCUCCUCCCUCCCUCCCUCCCUCCCUUCCUUAUACUGCCUUCUGCCUGUGACCAUUUCUCAGUUUUCUUCGUUCUCAACACAAUCACUCUGCUGCUUUCUUGGAGUUUCCUAUUCUUCCUCCUUUCAACAUCUGGUUUGACAGCCUCUUCUGUACAUCGGUGGGUCCUUCCAGCCAUGGAGACGGACUCAACCUGCGAACAGUCGCCGCAAGGGAAGCGGGUAUCCAGACAAAGGUCCACCUCCCUGCACACGAUAGAGGACAGCACGCUGGCGAGAGUCAAGGCCUGGCAACGAGCCAGGCGGGACAGCGAGGAGGGAACGACUUCAGCCUCGCUCAUGCACACUGGCUCCUUCACACAGAAGAAGGAUACUGGGUCCUUCGCGGAGAGGAGGGAGACUGGGUCCUUCACCAACAAAAGGGAGGCCCGGACUGGGAGGAUGCUGAACAUUGCCGACAUUUACCUCUACACGGAGCUCAAGUCGUUGGACCCGAAGAAUGCAGAGAGGUUUGUUAGAGAGGUCUUGGUGAACGACCUCCCUGCUGUGGGGGCUGAGGAGGGGCCCACAGAGGAGGAGGGGGCAAGAGCGGGGGUUGAGGAGGCAGAAGCAGGAGAGGCGGAUUUCUCAGCAAGGAGCUCGGGCAGGGACUCCAUGAAGUUGCUUCGAAGAAGCAGCUCGGAAGGACAGUUUGAAAGCGUCUCAGCUCAGCUAAAGUCCGGCCAAGCAGCAAGCGCGAACUCGGGCCUGAUCUACACGUCAGAGGCCUACCUGGUGGAGAAGGAGAUGGGGAGAUCUGUCGUCAGAGACUUGCACUCAGAUAGCACGAGGAGUCUCUAGAUCCUCUCAUUAACAUCCACGGACAACUCGCGAAACUCCCGAUGGUUGUCUUACAGACAUGGAUGAGUUGUAAAAGUAUGCCCAAGUGCAGAGUGUUCACGUUCAUGAUGUUGUUGUAUUGAAUCAACGCAACUUAC